UGCCAUGGAAUCAGCCGGGCACGCAGCUGAGACGAGGGAAGAUGGCGGUGACCGGCUGGUUGGAGAGUCUGCGGGCGGCCGAGAAGACGGCGCUGCUGCAGGAUGGGAGAAGGAAGGUGCACUAUUUGUUCCCAGAUGGGAAGGAAAUGGCUGAAGAAUACGAUGAGAAGACAAGUGAACUACUUGUGAGAAAGUGGCGUGUGAAAAGUGCCCUAGGAGCCUUGGGCCAGUGGCAAAUUGAAGUGGGAGAGCCAGCACCCCCAGGAGCAGGGUGCCCAGGGCCUGAACUCAUCAAAGAAAGCAAUGCCAAUCCCAUCUUCAUGCGCAAGGACACCAAGACAAGUUUCCAGUGGAGGAUUCGAAACCUCCCCUAUCCUAGGGAUGUCUACAGUGUCUGUGUGGACAAGAAGGAGCGCUGCCUCAUUGUCAGAACAACCAACAAAAAGUACUACAAGAAGUUCUCCAUUCCUGACCUAGACAGAUACCAACUACCUCUGGAUGAUUCUUCCCUGAGCUUCGCUCAUGCCAACUGCACCCUGCUCAUCUCCUACCAGAAGCCAAAGGAGGUCCUGGUGGUGGAGUCAGAGCUACAGAAGGAGCUAAAGAAGGUAAAGACAGCGCACAGUAGUGAUGGGGACUGCAAGACCCAGUAGUCAACCCCUGAGCCUGCACCUGGAGCAUGUGUGAGACUCAUCCUUUCAGGCUGUGACACUUUGAGGAAUGGGGGCAGGCUCUGCUCUUCUAAGAGCUAUCCAGUUUCUAGAAGAACAAGACCCUGGGGCACUCCUAACCCUGUGCCAUGGUUUUAUUUCCUGAGUAAAGUCAUUCUGAGUUACUGCUAA